AAUGGAGUAUAAGCAGAAGACAUUUGAAGCUCUCUCAGAAAUUAAGUCUGAGCUGGAGUCUUCGUGUUCGGCAAAAAGUAUUCAGAUUCAUAACAGUUCCAGAAGACGAAUAAAAUCCAGAAAAGAUUUCCCCUCUCAGCAUAUAGUAAUAACUCCCACAGCAGCACCGACCCAAAGAAAGCCACUAUCCUUUCAUCAUCCUUCGACGGCUCCUCCUUCUGCAUGGACGACCCAUUCUUGUAAGCCAGUCUCUACCAAGAAGGCCUCCAUCUCCCGCCUAAAGUCCUUAGCCAACAUCAACUACUCUAUGAAGAAGACCACAAAUAAGACUAAGACUGAUAAAGGGAAUAUACGUAAGCUUGUGAAGGAACGGAUUCAAGAGGCAGAGAAGGCUCAUUAUCAGAGAGGGUAUACAGGGGGGAGGAAGGUAGAAGGGAUUAAGGAGAAAUUGACUAAUACCCUGUUUUCGAGGAAAUCUGUGUUAGAUAUGGUAUCGGAAGGAGGUCUUGAUGAUCUCAGGGAUUUGAAGAGUAGAUUUCAGGUUCAACAAAAUUUUGAUGAUUCUGUUAAUGAUUCUGUUGAUCCCUCAGUUCCAGAAACAAUAACAGUUGAAACCGAUCCUUCUGCUUUUAUAAAUGAUGAUUUGGAAGAUCUUUGAGAAGACUUGAUAUAUUAUAUCAGAAGAGGCUCCGUUAAUGAAUCCCUCAAUGACAAGGUAAUAGAAUUGCUAGAAGAAUGCAAGAUUCAUCCAAAUGAGGAGAUUAAAAAUAAUGGAAACACAUUAAUGCACUUUAGUGCUGAGCAUGGAAAUAUUCAUAUCUUGAAGCAUCUUACUAAAAGAGGAGGAUCUCCUUAUGUUGUCAAUCAGAAAGGGGAAGGAAUAAUGCACUUGGCUUGAAGGGAGGGGCAUCUUGAGUACCUUAAAUACAUUGUGAGUACCUAUCAAAUGGAUGUUGAUCAAACAAUGAAUGACUUUUGGACCCCUAUCUUUUACGCUAGCUUGAACAACCACAUUGGAGUCAUUGAAUACCUAAUCUCUUUAAAUGCAGACAUAAAUCAUGUUGAUAAAUUUCUGAGAACCCCAAUGCAUUGGGCAACAAAGUCUAGAGCUCCAGAUGCAGUAAAGAUCCUUCUACACAAAGGAUCAAAAUGGGAUUGCAAAGAUGUAGAAGGGAAAAAGCCUGAGGAACUCAACCAAGGAUAUGAAGAAAUCGAAGAAAUUUACCUCAACUUUGAGACUGAAAGACAACUGAAGCUAAAGAAACAAUUAAGGAACAUACGUGCAAUGGAGAAUGCAAAGAAGAAGGCGAAUGCGCUUUCUUCACAAGGGAAAUAAGCCUCCCAAUAUUGACAAACAUUCAAUUAUGAA